AUGGUCCAAUACGGCAUGGAUGAAGCCUUGCUAUCUUCCCCAGAUCCCCUCGCCGACUCCUUGACAUACCAGGCACCACCGAGUACGAAACGACGAAAGACUCCCUCAUCGCGUUUGUCACUGCCAUUACCAGCCAGUUCUCCGAAAAAACAAAUCUUUGAAUUGGAUGUGGGAAAUACAUUAUCACCACAAAAAAUCAGAGUUACAGUAGAAGCAGAAGAUUCGGACAGCGAGGACGAUCAUGCGAACCUCAGACCUCAUAAUUUCAGUUCACCUACACCUGCGCCGGUACCCCGUCGAAUAGAGCGAACGACGACGACAACAGUGCCAUUACGAGGGCUUUCGGACUCCGAAAAUGAUAAUAGCAUUCGAUAUGAGGUAACACCGAAGAGGCCCAGAGGUCGUCCAAGGAAAUCAAAUACUCCGGUCCAAAAACAAGGCACUUUGAAUCGAGUCGGAAAGCGUGGACGAAAAAGUGUUGGAGGGGGGGUAGACAACCAAAGCCAAGAUGCCAACGACGAAGAAGUCUCGGCGGGAAAUUCUAGAUCACGAUCAAAGUCAGCAAAAGUUAUCAAAAAGGCGACACCGCGUAAGAGGAAAGCUAGUUCGGAUUUGGUCCCAUCGAGUGUGGUUAAGAGAGGUCGUGGUAGGCCAAGGUCUCGGCUGCGAGAAGAAAUACGACUAUCAGACGGAAGUGAUGUGGUAGAGCAAGCACAGACUCCCAAUGCCGAGCCUAAGGUGGUAGAGGCUGACAUUCAUGAGGGAUUGAUGCCGGAAGAGAUUGAUCUUUUGGCAACCAUUGAUGCCAAUUCGGAAAGUCCAAUUUCCCAGUACCCCGCCUAUCAAUCCACAUCGACUUUCCCAAGUAGUGAAGAUGCUGAAGAGGAUGUUGUCAUUGCAAGAUUUCACCCUGGAGAAGAAACGCCCCCAACAACAGGUUGGUCAAGCGUUUUGGAGACAUCUCAAAUGCCAAGUUCGUCAAAUAGGGCACAAGAGGAAACGAGUCCUCUGAGUGAAAGUUUGAGAAAUGGUGCUCCAUCUCUGAAAUCAAACGGUCCCAUCGAAGAUGAUGACGACAACGGCGAUUAUGGAGGCGAUGGUUUUGAUGAUGAGACGGAUGAAGAUUUUGAUGAAACGCGUGAGAUAGGACAAUUUUCCGACGGAAAAGUGGAUAAUGCUACUGAAGAUAUGCAAGAAGAGGAUUUUGAAGAUGAGAUGGACGAUGAUAUGGAUCAUAGACCCGAGUUUGACACUAUCAUGGAGAGUGAAGGAUUUAGUCUGAUAUCGCUUGAUUCUGUACCGUCGUUGAGGAAACCGUUGAACGGAGUACUCCCAGAUGAGGGGCAAAACUCGGCCGCACGUCCUCAGAAUAAAAAUAUUCUUUCAGUCCAAAAUACCGUACAGCACAACUCAUUUUCGAGUGUAGCACCAGAGAUCCUUGAGGCUGCAACACCAGGCAAGAAACUUAAGAAUCCUCACAUUUUCCGCGUCCAGGAAGCUCGAGUUGAUGAUUCAUUUUCAAGCAUACCACCCGAGAUUCUCGAGGCCGCAACCCCAGCCCCAGCGCGAAAAAGGGGCGUUGAGAUGUCAUAUCCAGGAAGUUCCGCGGUAGUUGGAGAAAAUGUAGCCGGUUAUGCCGAUAGCAGCCUGUCGGAUACUCGUAUCAAGCCUCCUAAAACAGCUGGAGGAUUAAGCGAGGAUUCAUCGUCUACCAAGCAUGCAGCUCCACUUGACGCUGCCACCCCACGUUUAAUGCGCAAAGCACCGCUUCGGCCGAGUUCAACAAAGAAGUUGGUACCCGAUUCUAAGACAAAUUCCAAGCUGUCACAAGAUCGCGCGAAAUCAUUACAUCUUGCAACAUCGCCAAAGCCAUCCAAAUCGUCCUCGCCACCAACGAAAGAAUCUAAGCAGUCAACUUCGAUAAAAAACAACGGGGGCAAAUUAACAGGAAGUCAAGAUACUGAAAACCUCGCUGAAGAAUCCUUCAUCAACUCGCAAAUCCAUUCCUCGCCGCCUGCAAUUGCACCACGCAGAUCUACAUAUACAGCACAUGUUCAACAGCAACGGCAAACAAACCUUAAGCUGACACAGACUCCAGCUAUUGUGUUCUCAUCCCCCACAUUGCCACCACCUAUCCAGCCACCAAGGCAACCAUCCGAGAGGCCAGAAUCUUCAAACACAAAUGCGUCAUCACCAGCUGAAAAAGCUGGCCGUAUUUUGCAAGAUAUUGUUAUACCAUCAUCAUUGCCCAGAAGUAGAUCCGAGAGUCUAGCUAGCCCAUUUAAGAGUCCAGCAACAGGGAGAAGAUCUAGCUCAAGCGCAUAUCCAGAUACCAAUAUUAGUCGUUCUGUGCCCGCUGAGCAGCCUCAAACGUCGCUGCCAAAACUAGAUCAUAAUGGAGACUUGGGUUCGAAACAUUCGCGAAGAAGAAGCUGGAGUAGGCCUGUUCUCGACGAGGACCCAUUUGUUGGAAAUGGAGCGGCGCAAAGACGUCCAUCUAUGGAUAAAUCACAAAAUGUCAAUCUUGAGCUACCUAGUAGCCGUCGCAUGUCUGUUUCUAUAAAUGCGGCGGUCAUUCCUCAACACGAGUCGUCAAGAACCAUCAAUUCUAUGAAUUCGCAGCUUGAAGAGACUGGCCGCAACGGAGCUGUUGAAAAACCAGUGCCGUCGUCAUCGUCAUUGGAGAAAAAGCCCGUGGAGACUAAAAGAACUUUGAGUAGCUUACAAGAGAAAUGGGCAGCAGAACGAGCUGCGAUAAGUAAACAAAUCUCUACAGCCAGUGCCGAUGAAGUUAUGGUUCUAAGUUCCGAUGAUGAUGGCGAUGGAGACGAAGACGAUGAUUACGAUGAUAACGAUCUGGUUGCAGAUGAAGAACAGGAAAGUUUACCCGGAAAGAUGCGUGUCAAUCUUGAAGACGAUGAUAAUGCCGACAAUAGUGUCGAUAAUCAUGUAGAAGAAUUUGAAGACGAUGAAAGCUUUGGACUCUUACUGGAGACCCUAGAUGCUUCCAACCAGGAAAAUCAGCUUCACUCUGACAAAUCCGACCACGCGGAACGACCUAAACGAAGUAAAAUUCCUAGCCCGUGGAGAACAAAUAGCAAGCGUUUAGUGUAUAGCGAUGAGCUUGCUAGCCUAUUACCUGACCAUGACGCAGAAGCCCCCAUGGUCGAAGAGCCCUCGCCAAAAAGCGUUUCGAAGCAGGCUGAUGUAUCGAAAAGCUCUCCAAAAAAUCCUCAACCUGAAAGUGACUCAACCCUUGACUUGUCUGGGUGGCAGAUACCACAGAAGCAGAAUUUUCAGCCAAAGAUUCGUAGCCUAGGUAAUACGAAGCCUGAUAUAUCUGCACUUCUACGAUCAUCGCCAUUUGGCGGUCUACCAACUCUUUCUAAUAGAAAAGGGCCGAGCGCUGAAGGACGAUCAUCGAAAGAGUUACCAUCUCCUCGGGCGUCACACUUCGACCCUCCUCAGGACAGUUUAUCUGGUGAUACCGAGGAAGAAACGCGCUCAUUUGCUCCCAUUCCCCAAAAAGUAGGAUUCCAACCUCGAGUUCGUAAGAACGGUGAUGCGCCAACUGCACCCAUCUCUCAAUCAAUAAGGGGCAUUUUUGGAAAAUUUGGAUCCACAAGGACCAAUCUGCCAACCCCAGAAACAUCAUCAUCGUCCUUAGUCGGUGCUCUGACAAACACAUCGCCAAGCAGGAGCAACAAGCUCAAAGUUCCUGCGAUCCAACCUGACCCUGCCCAGAGUUCGUCUUCCGAACUUUCAGUACCUAACACAUCCGCGCCCGUCAAAACAACAGAAAAUCGACAGCUUCAAAAUCCUAAGCCAAAAUGGACCCAACAUCGUCUCGAAGCUCCCAUUCCUCCUUCCCCUACAAAAUCUAUACUUCGCUCGCCUCUACGCUCUACUGCCCCGCCGUCUCAACCUUCCCCUAGCAAGAACGUCGUCUUCGCUUCCUCCUCUCCACAACCCAGUUCUCCCAUAAACCCCCAACUUUCUCCCACACACUGGACACGCGAUCACUGGCUUCUUCUCGACUCCAUUCUACAAACCUGGAAGCCGGAGAAUCAGAACCACGAUGCCUCGGAUUCCGAGGUCAAUUCAACUGGAUCUUCCAACUCUAAAUAUGGAAGAAGAAAUUCCACAAGAGUUAUUAGUGGACUAUUGGGAAAGAUAGUAAAUCUCAAAGAUAAAGGAGUCGGGAUUGGCGAGGGAGGGGUCAGGGUCUAUAAAAAUGGGAAUAAAGAGGGAAAAGAAAUCGGGAAUGAGAAGAUGAGAUUGGAACAGUGGCAUUUAGAAGCGGUGGAUGAGUUUAGGGGGGAAGUUCCAGGGUGGGACGAGGCAGUUGUAGCAAAGAGGGUUUUUGCGCUACUAAUAGGAGAGGAGAGGAGGCGGAAGGGGGUUAGUUCUUAA